CAUACGCAAAUGCAGCCGAAGCCUGUCUUCAAUUUGCUGAUAAUAACUUAACUAUCUUUUUAACUUUGCCGUCGAAUAAAGAAGACCUACAUCGCCAAUUUUUGCUGAAGGUCAUCUUAACUGCUCCUACUCCUGCUAUCAACUAUAAACAAUAAAUAAAACAAGAAUAAUUUAUAUCAAUAGUUAACCAAUUUGUUGGAUAUUUAGGUCAUAACAGGCCUAAUCCACCAAAUUUCGAAAUUUCUUUUGCUAAUGUUGACAUCUUUAUAAUAAUAUGUCAGCAACGCUGCAACGAUGUCCUGGAUUAUAUUGUGGACGUCAACGUUUAGAAAAUAAUACGUGGAGUGAAUGUGGCGCUUGCCCGAGAGGUUUUCGUGUAAUCGAAUCAUAUGAAUGCACAAGAUGUAAAGAUGACUUGGACGCUUAUUCUUGGUUUUAUUUAGGUUUCAUGGCAAUGUUACCUUUAAUGAUGCAUUGCUUUUUUAUAGAUUUGGAUGCUAAAGAUAGAAAGUUUUCACGUAAACAAUUAAUAUUGACUUCAUGCGCCCUAGCGGAGACAAUUAUUGCAGCUUUAUUUUCUAUACUAUUAAUGGAACCUAUGGGUCAAUUUCGUUUAUAUGCAUGCCCAGUGAAUAAAUUUAGCGAUUGGUAUACUUUAUUCUACAAUCCAACACCAAAUUAUGAGAAAUUAUUACAUUGCACUCAGGAAGCGGUUUACCCAUUGCAAACUAUAGUUUUGGUUUUUUAUUUUCUUUGCCUGAUCAAUAUGUGUGUCAUACGUCCUUUGGUUAGCACGGCAUGCAAAAUACGAGGCAAAGCUCCUAUAUAUGCAGCUCUACAUUUUCUACCGCUGUUAACGUUUCUUCAUGCCCUAGCUUGCGGUCUCAUUUUUUACUCUUUUCCCUAUUUAAGCAUAGCCAUGUCAAUGAUCUCGAAUGCUAUACACUAUUCAAUGAAAUUAGAUCAGUCCUUUAAGGCGUUAGUGCGUUCCUCGCUUAUGGAAAUUAAAAAUUUUGUUAUUAUUUUGGUUCAAUGGCUUUUAUUGGCGUAUGGUAUUAUCUCAUUAGGUCAUCAUUAUGCUUUACUAUCCUUAGUGCCGUUUCCGUCAAUUUUCUAUAUAUUAACUGUUCGUUUUACUGAUCCGGCUGAAUUUAGGGAUGCUGAAGCUCGUUCGAACUAAAUUAAUAUUUUGAAAUAAAAUGUGAAAAUAUUACACUACGUUAGAAAUCAUUCCAACGCCUUAAAGGGCAUAUGUCAUUUCAGUAGAUAGUAUUUAAGAUAAGUUUGGUACUUGUUAUUUUUCACCUUUAUUUAAAUUCUAAAUAUAUCAGUGUUUUUAUUUAUAAAUUCUAUUUAAUACAGAUUUUAUAUUUAAUUUCUCAUUAUUCAAAACCAAUCUUUAUCUUAUUCUGUACACAGUAUUAUAUAUUUCUUUUGCUACACGUAUCCAGUUUUUGCCCGCUUCGGAUUUUUGCAAAAUUUUUAUAAAUUUUG